GACGCAUGAAUUACUGUCACAAAACACAGUCAAGCCAGAGACUAGAGGACAACUUCUGGAAAUGGCUCAAGAGGAUCAGAGCGAGGCAUCACAACAGACGGCAGCCAGUGACGAGGAGAAGGCGACGAGUCAGGCUUCCCCCUCUGUGAUUGAGAUAAAUGACUCUACGACCGAAUGCGAAGAAGAAGUAAGGCCCAGUCAGGUGCAGAUGGAGGAGAAGGCUUUCGCGUCAAGCUUGCACUCUUUUAUGAAGGAGAAAGGAACUCCUAUAGAGAGGAUUCCACAUCUGGGCUUCAAGCAGAUUAAUCUUUGGAAGAUCUACAAAGCUGUUGACAAACUUGGGGGCUAUGAUUCAGUGACAGCAAGACGUCUUUGGAAGAAAGUGUAUGAUGAGCUUGGAGGAAGUCCAGGCAGCACCAGCGCUGCUACUUGCACCCGCAGACACUAUGAGAGGCUGGUUCUUCCCUUUGAGAGACACAUAAAGGGGGAGGAGGACAAACCUCUGCCUCCAAGCAAACCACGGAAGCCUUAUAAGAGAAACUUGGAUGGCAAAGUGAGCAAAGCCGAGGGGAAGAGGAAGAGGACUCACUCUGACAGAGAGGUGGAUUCUGAGAUACUCGCCCAAAGAAGUCCAGAAGCUGCCUGUCAAGGUGAAGCAGUGAUACAUCCUCACUCUGCCCUCUGGGCCGCCACCUCUGACCGACGCCUCCCAGACUGCUCUCAGCCAAACAGAGCCAACACAGAUCUUUGCACUUCUGUCUAUGCCCGUCUCCUCCAGGUCCCCACGUCCAGCCCCUGGAUUGCUCAGAUUCCAUCUGCAGCCGGAGAGGUCAUCUCUCCUCUGGAGAAAAAAAAGCGGAUGGCUCAGGCCAGUCUUAACUUGCCUCUCAGUCCUCAGAGCGAGGAUAAAGAAAGGCCCUCUGUCAUCCAUUGCUCCCAGUCUCCAGCUCGGGCUUCUUCCAGCAGGAACUACAACUCCUCCGAUGGCUCCCCACUGCCUUUAUCCUCCUCCUCGUCCCGCAGCCCUUCCCCUUACUCUGUCUCAUCGGAGGACGUUUCAGCAGCAACUGAAGAUAAACCUGCUUCAAGCUCAGAACUGCCCCAAAACUGCUCUGGCACUGCUAAGAACACAUCCGGCAGCAGUGAGGAGCGCAAGUCUGUGAGCUGCAGCCAGACAUCUAAAGACCCCGCAGGACCGAUUAAGGACGUUUCUCCGGUCAGCUCCCACUCACAGACUGCUGACUCAAUAAAAAGCCAAAUUACAGAUUUGACCUGGAAGCCUUACCACAAAGGGGCUGGCAAAUAUCUCACUCGUCCUUCCCACUUGUCCUCCUUCUCUGUGAAACCUGACUGGGCUCCGACAUCUACCUCUAGUUUCACCAAAGUUAUUCCGAAAUCUGUGCCGCUUCUGCGGCCCGCACCCAUUCGGCCGAGUUAUAAAGGCCACCAGAGCAGGUUGCUCCAGCAGGACGACUCUCUGUCUUGCGCAAAGAAGGUGAACAACGUGGCUCCGUGGCCUUAUCAGAUGGAAAAGAGGGAGAAAUCCAGGACAAUGCCACAAAAAGUUCCUCCCGCUCAGCAGAGUCUGUCUCAUUCCCCCGCCAAUCUGCCGGUGCAGUGCGUUCUGUCGGGCUACGACAAAUCAGGGAGAGACUCUCGGCACCAGCCCGCGUUACAUCCUGCGUUUCUCCCGAACAGAAUGAGGCUGCCUCAGUCUCAGCUGGUGUACCGUCAUCUACCGAUGGGCCCAGCAGCUCACUCUGCUCUCAUUGGGUCUGCUGUCUACCCUUAUCCCUACCACAUCCCUCUGUUAAACCACCACACUGCAUACAGCCUACCCCCCAUGAAUCCCAUUUAUUCUCACAAGCUGUGAUUUUUUUUUUAUAUGUCAACUCCAGACUUUAGUGAUUGUUGUUUACUUAACAAACAACAUCAAUGAGAAUUAUUGUCUUUAAGUUGCAGCCUCUGAGUAUGUUGUCCCACUUUUCCUUUGUUCAGUGUAAUUUUGCCGAGGCCUUCCUUUAAAUAUGUGUACGCACACGAAUAUUUAGGUUCUGUGGCUUCGCUCACAACAAUCUCUCACUGGAAAACUGCAAUUAACCGACCGACUGUGUGGCUCCUCCGGGACCAAAGUGCACUGAGGGGAAAUGAAGUCAGAGCAGUGCUGGCGAGAGAUAUUUAGAGAAUUACAGCGAAACGGGUCAGAGUGCAUUGAAUCGGUGCAUUACUUGGGGAGAAAUCACUCAUGACUGUGUGCCAUGUUUCUGUAGCUGCUAGUGUCAACUGAGAGCAACCUUUGUUACAAUUACGUUUUUCUGUUUUAUCAUUUUUUAAAUGUUGUUUUUUUGUAUGUGUAGAAACGUCACUUUAGAAAAUUAUAUGUACAAGAAAAAAAAAAUGUCAAUGUAAAUGACAUUUAUUUAUGAUUAUGGCAACCGCUUAAACACAUCCGGUUUGGUUAAAGAUCCAGAUUUGAAAUUCUAUUUUUGUCAAAAUGUCAGUCAUGCCUCAUUUGUUGUCAGUUGCACAAUUUAAAUAGUUUUUUUUUUUUUUAAAGCCAAAAACUCCCUACUGGUUUUCAUGGUACUGUAUUGUAAAGUCUGUUGAGGAUUAUACUGUAUGAAUGCUGCCUUAUAUCAGUGUUAAGUAUGUUUUUUAAAUAUUGUGUGCAGAUCGUAUUGUCAUUCAAAUGUAUUUAAAAAGAAAAUCAAGAAGAAGUAACAAAUAAACAUGAGAAUAUUAAAA